GCUUCCGGGAGAGGCGGGAGCAGUGGAUCCAAGUGCGGCGCUCGGUUCUGCUCCCUCUGCGCCCUCGGCCAUCGCCAUGGCCCGCAAGAAGCUGCAUCGGCCCAUCGCCGCCAUAGCCAAGAAGAUCCGCGAGUACCGGGAGCUGAAGGAUCGGCCGCGGGACUCUCAGCGCUUCGCCGUGGACUACGAGACCAUGCACCGGCCGCUAACGCAGAAACGGCUGCCCGUGCGGGCCUGGGAGGACGUGCGGAACGAGAACCGACUGUUGGCGCUGCUCUGCCGCCUGCCGCGCUUCGGCGUGGGCCGCACCGUCACCCGUAAGUCCUGGCUGUGGGCGCACCACGAACCUUGCUACUGGGUCAUCACCAAGGUGAAGGUGGACUACAUGGCCGAGAACAUGGACCAUGGAAGAGCCUGGGGCUACCUGACCUUCAAAGGCAAAACUGAACAGGAAGUAAGGGAGAUUGACAAAGCCAUGUACCAUGACUGGCGUAUGGUGCCCAAACACGAGGAGGAAGCCUUCAAGAAAUUCACCCCAGUGCCUGAGGUGACUGUUCGGUUCCUGCCAUACCCACCACUACUCCGAGCCAUAAUCCUUGCACAGUGGCAGAAGGAGGGAAGACCAGUCAUGGAAGAGCCAAUUAUUGAUGUGGAGAAAGUCCUGGCCUCUCCCCAAGAGUGGAAAAAGAAAAAAGCUACUGACACUGGUAUAGAGACUUCUUAGUGUCCUAAGCAGCCCAUGUACUCUCACUGCCUCUUAACAGCUCAGUGCACAAAGGGUCUUACAGAGCCCCUCUGUGCUCAUUGUGCUAGGAUGUCUCCAGAUUUCUCCUCAACCGUGUAUAGUCACCUCAUCUGAAAGGGAAGAUGCAGAUGUAGUCACACUCUUCUUCCAUAACUUUGGUUUCAGUAAGCAGAGGGGUCUUCUUGGUUCUUGGAUAGUCUUUAAAUACACAGCUUCAGUCAGCCAGCUGCAGUUCUUUGGAGCAUAACAUUUUUAAUAUAACUUGGGUCCUGAAUGAAUCACAGAAAAAUGAUUGAAUAUCACAGUAUUUCACGGAGCUCUGAAAAAAAUGUAUCUGCAAAUGGAAAUAAAUGUUUUCUUAAUUCUGCA